AUGAGUGUUGAGGACAUGUUGAAACAAAUCAUGACACACCAAGCCAAGCUAGCUUCCGAUGCCCGACAAAAUCAACUGGCUACCCAAAAUUUAGAGAAACAGAUUGGGCAAUUAGCAAGUGCACAUAGUUCUCGCCAACAAGGGGGCUUACCAGGUAACACUGAUCCCAAUCCCAAACAGGUGAAUGUCAUGAGUACUCGCAGUGGUUACCCACUCACUGAAUUGGCUCCCAAAGCACAAUCGGCAGAGGAAAAAGGCAAAGAGCAAGGAAUCCCAAAGUAUGCUAAAUUCGUCAAGGAUAUUGUGGCCAAUAAAAGCAAGUUAGCUGAAUUUGCAACUGUGGCACUCACUGAAGAGUGUAGUUCAAGAAUCUUGAACAAAAGCAAGCUUCCAGCUAAACUAAAAGAUCCAAGUAGUUUCACGGUGCAGGUAACCAUCGGUAAAUAUAGUAAUGUAAGAGGUCUCUGUGAUUUGGGUGCUAGUAUCAACUUAAUGCCUAGAUCCAUGCUUAAGAAAUUAGGCCUGGGAGAACUUAAAGGAACAACUAUUUUGCUACAAUUAGCGGAUCAUUCUGUAGCUAGCCCUGAUGGUAUCAUUGAAGAUAUUUUAGUACAAGUAGGAUCCCUCAUCUUUCCUGUUGAUUUUGUUGUUUUAGAUUUUGAGCCAGACCCUGAUGUUCCUUUUAUCUUAGGACGCUCGUUCUUAGCAACAGGCGGGGCACUAAUUAAUGUGGCUGCAGGUAGAUUGACUAUGAGAGCACAUGAUAAAGUGGAAGUGUUUGAUGUAUAUCAUGCACUGAAAUUGCCUGCAAUUUAUGAGGAGCUGUCUGCUGUAACCAUCAUUGAUGAGGAAAUAUCAGCUCAAUGUACUACCUCAAAUGAUCCAUUGGCGAAAGUCGUAAUGGGUCAAGAUAUUGAAUAG